CACAUCUAAGACUUGAGUGUGAUACUGAGAUUUAAGGAGAAAAAAAAGGGGGGUGAAUAAGAAGAGAAGGAAAAAGAAUGCCGUUGGGGAAGUAUUACUGCGACUACUGCGACAAGGAGUUCCAAGACACGCCGGCCGCCAGAAAGCGCCACCUCCAGGGCCUUCAGCACCUCCGCGCCAGAGCUCAAUGGUACCACUCGCUCAGCGAUCCGAAUCAGGCUUUCGCCGAUCCAUUUGCCAAGGGAGUCUGCAAUCACUUCGUCAAAACGGUGAAUUUUCUUUAACUUCUUUGUUGAUUUCUAUGUUAUUUGCUGUUGUUCUUCAGGGAUUUUGAAUUUCCCCCCUUUCUUAUGUGUUAAACUGUUAAUUGUUGAUUUCUAUUGUUAAUCCGAU